AUGGCAGAACAAGCCCGUAUAAGCAUAUCUGAGUAUCUAUCUAAAGAUAUUCUGGACGAAGACUACUUGAAAGGCUACUCAUAUUUUUGGCGAAUGGAGUUCGUUUUAGGAACAUGCCGCGUCGACGCACGCCAACGAUUCGUCACUACGCCAACUAUAUUCCAAAAGAUAUACAGCUUGGCCAUAAUAACAUUCGUGGUGUUCGGGUAUUACCAAAUAGUACAGUAUAAUAAUAGAACUAAUAUAUCACGCCAUGAUGAGAUCUAUUUAAAAAUAUUUUUGUUGGGCGGUGUGCUUUAUUAUUCAGUUCUUGUUGUUCACUCUCGCUUCAUGCGCAACCGUCAAAACGCGGAGUUUCAUGUGAAACUGUCACAUUGUGAUCGUCAUUUGAGAAGUAAUUACAGAGAUGCCGCGUAUUACUUGAUUCGUGCUAAUAAUUUACGGGUGAUGACGGUCCUUUUAGUGUUCUUGUGUCCUUUGCUGCUCCUUUCAUUAACAAGAGAUAUCACACUUAUGAUAGGAGCGAUAGCAGUCAUCAUCUCACAGACUACAGCGCUGGUUGAAUCUGUACAUUGCACCAGCAUAAUGCGCUCAUUUACGCUACGAAUGCGUUUAGUUUAUUACAUAAUAAUGUAUCAUUUAAAAUUCAUACAAAAUUACGUGAACCUCAAAGAAGAGCCAUUCAUUAUGGAAGAUAGAAUACUCAAGAAAUUGGGAUCAAUAAAACAUACAGAUUUCAUUGAAAUUUCGUUAGAUGUAUAUUUGAAAGAUAUUUUUGCAGCGUUUUCCAGAUACCAAGAUAAUUACAGAUUUGAAAUACUUGUAUUCAGAAGUAAAUGCAUUAUAGCAGUUGUGACCGUGUUUCGAAUGGUACUGUUUUCGUUUCAAAAUAAAAUGCAAGAUUUUAGUGGAUUGAUAGUGAUGGUGACUUUGGUGUCGCUGGAGAUAUUUGGUAUUUUCUUUUUUUACGCGGAACUAUUCCAGUGGGAAGUGUCCAGAGUCAAAGUGUCAACUGUCAAUGUUAUGUCAUUCUAUCCAAGCGGACCUCUGAGAGACAAAGCGAAGAAUAUAUUCGACCUGAUAGAAAACUCGCCACCAAAUUUUUCCGUGUACGGGAUAUGGCAAAUGCGAGCAUAUACGUUCAUAAGCCUUCUUAGCACCAUUACCUGGUUUCUUAUUACGGUUUUGCAAUUCGAGUUUCUAUAGAAAAUAUUUUAUUGAAGCUGAUUCAUCAACUGCAUACACGAUGUAUAAUUAUGCUCUCUAUGUUUUCUGUGCCCAUGCAGAGUGUCACCCGUACUAUCAACUUAUGCAUGUAACCAAAGACAAAGAUUAUUCAUUUGCAAAAAACAUGAGUUUACUUUCUUAUACAAUUUGGUGUUAAAAGAAUAUGUGUAAUUAACUAUAACAAACCUGAUAGCUCGUGACUUGCAAUAUAAUCUGAAUCUUCUGAAUCUGAAUCUAAAACAGCUGAUCGGUUCCCCUGAUCUGGGACCAUUUCUAAAGACCAUACUUCUUUGGAAUGCGUGUUAACUGGAAACACUAUGUCGACGGCUGCAACCCUUUAUAUAAUAUUUACCUGUACCGUUGCAGAAACUAAGUAACUGUCCUAAUGUUAUGUCUUUAAGAUCAUUCUCAGAUAAAGUAUCUGAUAGAUCAUGGGAAUCUGUUAUCAUCGGCUGCAGCAUAUUACAGAGCACUCGGCUACGAGGUAAAUGCUGGUUUCCUAUUCUUCCUCGCAGCUUGGGCGAAUGGGAUCCUCCCUUUAUCUAUCACUGUCGCCUGUUCAGCUGACAGUAGUGAGAGCUUAAUUUUAGUGCGACUAGGUAUUACGGAGUACCUACUAAUUUCAUGGUACAACCAUACUAGUGCGUAAACCCUACUAAACAUUUAUUUGCGCCAUGUGAACGUUGUUGCCCGGCGUAAAGACAUAUCUGUCUUUCGAUAGUAAAUGUCUUUUGCCACUACCGCCAUCUAGGGGCAGUUGUCACAUAUCACUUUGGCCUAAAGUUGAACAAAUUAUCAUUAUGUCACUUCUU